AUGGACUCCAAACGAGAAGAGAUGCAUCUUUGCAAGGAUGUCGGAACGAAGAUGCGUUUAAACCAUCCUGUGUUCAACAAGGAAAUAUAUUAUUAUCUGCGCAUUGCUGCACCUCCCCAGCAGCCCCUUGACCUCGUUGACGGAAAACUACUCUGGGUCCACCAAUUAUAUGCUCCCCCAAGGUGCUGUUUUGCAUUUAUCUUCACGGGGAAACAUGUCCAUAUCACUCUGCAUGGCAUGGCAAACCAUAUCUACCAGGGAUGCGCGCUCAAAUCUCAGCCUUGCAGUCUCGCUGUGCCAAUAAUGAUUUCUAAUCCAACAAGGAGAGAGGUAACUUAA